GAGGAGUUGGUGAGGAGGAAAACUCCAUCCAGUUCAGGACCCAGUAAAAGGCUAAGGAAACAGCAGGGCGCUGCUGCAGGACAGCAGUGGGCUUUGGCAGAGGAGGGGUUAAAAUGAGUUAUCUGACACUGUAAAGUGGACAAGCACAGCUGGCUGAUGACGCAAUCCUCAGAGCAAAAGGCAAGCCAAUAUCUAAAAUGCUCAAGACAGAAAACAAACACGGAGCGCGAAGGCCACAGCUCCACCAAAACUGAAGCCAGACUGGAUGGAGAUGCUCCAUGGGAGGAAGUCAUAGUCGCCUCUCCGAAACGCUAAUGCCUAGGCUUCUGAUGAGGACUUCAUGAUCCUCGCCUCCAGAAGUUACAAGAUGGCCAAUUCAACCACCACAGACCCUCCAGACCAGUCCUGCUCCCGGAACACCCUGAUCACGCAGCAGAUCAUUCCUGUGUUGUACUGCGUGGUCUUCAUCACGGGGAUCCUCCUCAAUGGCAUCUCGGGAUGGGUAUUCUUUUAUGUGCCUAGCUCUAAGAGUUUCAUCAUCUAUCUCAAGAACAUCGUUGUGGCUGACUUUCUGAUGGGCCUGACUUUCCCUUUCAAAGUCCUUGGCGACUCAGGCCUCGGUCCCUGGCAGGUGAAUGUGUUUGUGUGCAGAGUCUCUGCCGUGAUCUUCUACGUUAAUAUGUAUGUCAGCAUUGUGUUCUUUGGGCUCAUCAGCUUCGACAGGUAUUAUAAAAUUGUAAAGCCCCUUUUGACUUCUGUCGUCCAGUCAGUGAACUACAGCAAACUGGUAUCUGUGAUUGUCUGGAUGCUCAUGCUCCUCCUUGCUGUCCCGAACAUCAUCCUGACAAACCAGAGUGUCAAGGAGAUUACGAAAAUACAGUGUAUGGAACUCAAAAAUGAGCUGGGGAAGAAGUGGCACAAAGCAUCUAACUAUGCCUUCGUGAGCAUUUUCUGGAUUGUGUUUCUUCUGUUAAUCAUCUUCUACACGGCUAUCACGCGGAAAAUCUUCAAGUCUCACCUCAAGUCCAGAAGGAAUUCCAUCUCGGUCAAAAGGAAGUCCAGUCGCAACAUAUUCAGCAUUGUGCUUGUAUUUUUUGUCUGCUUUGUACCUUACCACAUUGCCAGAAUCCCUUACACAAAGAGUCAGACGGAGGCUCAUUACAGCUGCCAGUCAAAGGAAACCCUGCUCUACGUGAAGGAAUUCACUCUGCUACUCUCUGCGGCAAACGUGUGUCUGGACCCCAUUAUUUAUUUCUUCUUAUGCCAGCCAUUUAGGGAAGUCUUAAAUAAGAAGCUACACAUCUCACUAAACGUCCAGAAUGACACAGACACGUCCAAAACCAAGAGGGGAAAUACAGUUCAUGAAAGCACAGAUACUUUGUGACUUCCCACGCCCUUCCGAGUACUGUCCAUGUUGUUACAUGACAAUUAAGAAGUAUAGGUAAAAUGCAUGCUUUUGACAACAAGUAACCUAUCUACCAAUAUUAUCCGGCAGGAAGUAUGAAGUUCAAAACAAUAAGAACAAUAAAACUCCAACUUUCCAUGUAAAAUGAAAGUCUUUGCACAUCACUUUUUAGAUAUCAAAUAAAUGGAGGAAUAGCAUGUGGUCUACAAAUAACCAAAACUAAAUCCUUCUCUGCUAUUACCUUGCUUCCUAGGAGACACCCAAUCUUUCAGGUGUUCUUCCUAAAUAUCUUUUUCUAUUAAUGCUCAUAUCUACUUAAUGUUUUACAUUCUGUGUGUACCAAUAAACAAGUUGCCUUCAAAACCAUCGGGGAUUUCUUUUUAUUAAUAAUCAAUGUGUGUAGGAACACCCCCAGAUUUCCUCACAACCGUACCUGGUUCAGCACAGUGUGCUUAGUCACACUUCAGGGCAAAGAAGGUGGUUACACAGAAAACGGAAACAUUCCACUUGUCUCUGACUUUCCCAAAUGAGUAUUUCAUAUGCGCUGUGUCUCAUUAAAGCUUUAGACCAAACACAGCCUAAACUGAAACAGGAACGUUUCUGUGCUGCUAGACAACAUUCCUCACUUGCCCAGAAACUCCACGCUUCCAGUCAUCGGUCAAAUCAACAAAGAACAAAACUCCCCAAGAUCUUCAGUCAGAUCUUGAGGACUAAGCUUGCUAUACGUGUUGGAUUAAAUGCACAUGGCGAUGGGAAGGGGACUGUGUUUAUCAUCCUUCAGAAUUCCCACAGCCAGCGCAAACCUCCCCUUGACUAGGCUACUGAAGCAAAUGUAAGAAGUGGAGAAAGGUACUAAGUAAAGCUUGAGUCACGUGGUGAUCUCUUCCACUGCCGCCAUCCUCUUCUCUCCACAAUACAAAGUCACCUUCCCCUGUGGGACCAAGCAAUGUCUUUGUAACCACUAUGCUAAGGCGCAUGACUAAUAGGAAAGCAAGCAUUUUAGGAAAUGGUAUGUCAGGGGGAUAAUGGGAUUAGAAAUCACAGCAGAGUAACAAUUACUGCGUGCCAGAGCCACUAUUAGGUUUUGAGGCUGUGCAGCGUACCCUUCUGUGCCGAAGACGCUGGACGAUAGGGGUAAAGACUCUAUGGAGACAUCCGCUCAAUCUCUCUCGCUCAGUGAGUUGUGUAGGUGUUGUCUUCAGCAAUAAGGCCUAGCUGUCAGUUAGUGGAGAGCAACCUGUAGUCUUGGCAACAGCCUGGGUUGUUUUAGGAUUCCCAUGGGGUCUAUUUGACCAAUAACUAGAUUAGAUGUAACCCAAUCCUGGUACUGGAAGCUUCAUUUAGUAACAAGAAAUGACCAGUUGGGACUCUGUCUCCCCAUCAUUUGGCAAUUUCAUUUAUUACCUUCAUACAUGUAUACGUUUUAGAAAGGUUCUGCUCUUUCCAUACUAGCCCUCAAAUGCUCCUUACUUUUAGCUUUUUAACUGUCUCUCCCCCACAUUCUCUCCCACAACCCUUUCUCCCACCCAUUCCCAUUUGAUCCCCCACUUCUAUUUCCCUUUCCUGACAAGAUCUACCUGCUCCCCCUAGACCCUUACUCUACAUCUACCUUCCGUGGUUCUUGUAGCUUGGUUAUCAUUGACUUCACAACUAACAGCCACCUAUAAAUACAUAGCAUUUUUGUCUUUCUGGGCCAGGAUACCUUACUAGGAUAAUUUUUUUCUAGUUCUUCCACUUGCCGGCAAAUUUCAUGAUGCAAUUUUAAAAAAAAAAAAAAAUAGCAUUCACCUUCUGGUUUAUCUCCUCAGCCUCCACCCUCUUUUUUCUUUUUCUUUUUUCUUUUUUUUUUUUUUCUAGCAACACAGCAUUUUUUUCUAGCAACACAACAAGGAAACAUUUCCCUUUGAGAAAGCCACUUUUUAGGUUCUGAGCCAUACAGUUAGCAGAGGUGAGUUAGUACUAGGCAAUGAAGCAGCCAGCCUGAAUCCAGCUGUCACAACUUGGGAUGGAACAAGAUCAGAACUGACCCAGUGAAAGAAAACCCCGGGCUCAUCCUCAAGAAACCUUCUGGGAGGGGUGCUGUCGCGAUGUAAACUCCAGAUGUGCGGGAACGCCUAAGAUUGGAGGCUUACACCACAGCAGGCAGACGAAAACUGCUUCAAAUCUAAUCCUGGUUUUACACUGAAGGCCUAUUUCAGCCCCCACCUAAAGCCACACCCAGAACCUUGGACACUGGGGUAUGUCAACUAGUAAACUCGCUACAAAAACUGUCAUCUAAGAAGACUGCCCAGCGCCAAAAGGCCAGUCUUGAAGACACAGGGAACACUGUAGGGACUGAGCAGGUUAUACAUAGGACUAUCUACGUGUAUACAAACACAUAUAACAAACUGAUGACAAAAGAGACCGUGAAUUUGAAGACCGGGAAAGGGUAUGUGGGGCAGUGGCUCUCAACCUUCCUAUCGCUGCAACCUUUUAAUACAGUUUAUGCUGUGGUGACCUCCCAGCCAUGAAAAUUAUUUUCAUUGCUACUUUGUAACUGUAAUUUUGCUACUUUUAUGAAACGUAAUGUAACUAACUGAUAUUCAGGUAUCUGCUAUGCAACCCCUAUGAAAGGGUCAUUCGACCCACAGAUUGAGAACUGCUGUCUUAUGGGGGUUUGAGGGGAGGGGAAAAUGUAAUUAUAUUAUAGUAUCUAAAAUAAAAUUAAAGAGAUACUAUACCGAUUACAAACAGAUUAUCACAGCCUC